AUCUUUAAAAUUUUGACAGCACACAUUUCAAGAGCUGGGUUGGUUUUGUAUUAUACAGAGUUUUGAGUGAGAUUUCAAGAAAUAUAAUCGAAGAAACGUCCGAAAUUACUCGUGUAUUGCUGAUUGGGAUUUAUACAUCCUCUAUUUCCUAUACUAAAUAUUUAGUUUGGGUACAUCAUAUUUUCAAUCGGCUCUAGUUUGCAUGAAGCAACUACAAUUUUAUAAACAAGUCAAUAAAGUGAUAGCAAUACAAUGCAAGCAGAAGAAAAACGCUCGAAACCAGUCGAUUUGGCUUCUUUAGAACCUACGGCAAGGGUCAAACAGUUAGCUAACUAUGGUGCCGUAGUAGAUGUUGAUCCAAAUGUUCCACCAAGGAGAUAUUAUAGAUCAGGUUUGGAGAUGGUUAGGAUGGCGAAUGUGUACUUGGCAGAGGGCAGCUUGGAAAAUGCUUACAUUUUGUACAUAAAAUUCAUGACAUUGUUUUUGGAGAAGAUUCGGAAACACCCCGAGUAUGCAUCGGUUCCCCCAUCUGUUAAAGCAGUUAACCAAACCAAGUUGAAGGAGGUGAUGCCUAAAGCAGAAAAAUUGAAACAAAAGUUACUUGACCAAUAUGCUAAAGAACAUGUUGCUUACGUGGAAGGGGAAAAGAGGCGAGCUGCUGCCGAAGAAGAAAGGAAAAAGCAAGAGAGGGAAGAUGCAAAGCUGGCUGAACGGCUUCAAGCUGAUGAGAAUAAGAAGGAUGCACACACCGGAAAACCACAUCUUCUGCAUGCUGAUCAGUGGGCUGUGUCUCCAUCGGCCCCAGCGAUGGAUGGGGUACUGUACCCGGAUGACUUUGCGAACGAGCCGCCGCGAGCGCCCUCACACCACUACCAGCCAGUGCCGCCGCUCAUACCACCCUCGAGGCCGCAAACCACGGGCGGCGUGGCGCUGCUGGGCGGGUCGCGGCUGCGCGGCGUGCUGGUGCCGGGCGCGCUGCUGCCGCGCUUCCUGCGCCUCGCCGCCGCCAACACCGCGCGCAACGUCGAGACCUGCGGCAUACUCGCCGGGAUACUCGAGCGCGAUCAGCUCAAGAUUACUCACGUGAUAGUGCCCAAGCAGACGGGUACUCCCGACUCGUGCAGCACUAACAACGAGGAGGAGAUCUUCCACUACCAGGAUCAGCAUAACCUCAUCACUUUGGGCUGGAUUCAUACGCAUCCAACUCAGACGGCGUUCUUGUCGUCGGUGGACCUGCACACACAAUGCUCGUACCAGCUGAUGAUGCCCGAAGCCAUUGCGAUCGUCUGCGCGCCCAAAUAUAACGAGACUGGUUACUUCGCCUUGACGCCAGACUACGGAAUGCAGUUCAUCACAAAUUGUAGACAGACAGGGUUCCAUCCACAUCCCGAUGAUCCCCCACUGUUUCAUACGGUAACACAUAUAAAGGUGGACGAAUCAGCACCAGUCGAGGUCGUAGACUUGAGGAGAUGAACUACAUAGGACUACAGUUCACACCAUAUACGUUCACUUUCUUCCACCACGGCUUGCGUUCACUAGUAGUGCAUUUAUACCGCUUUAAGUACAGAUCAUAUAUCAUAUCAUAUAUGUUCAGAGCGAAGUAUUAUUCGGAGUAGUACAUAGAGAUUGUAAAUUGUCAUCGUUAUUUCUUGUCGGAUCGACCACGGAGUAGGUGGUAAAUGAAGUGAUCAUAGUAGUUACAGUCACUUUAAUAAUUUAGUAUCUCUUAAUUAAUUAAAUUGAAAAAGAUGAUGGGUGUGUUAUGCCUCUUUACUUCCACUGCGAACUUGCUGUCUGAAAUAACAUUUAUGAUCAUUUUAUAUCUGGGGGCACGGAAAUGCCACUAACAAGACGAGUUAAGCAAAGCGCAAGAGGUAACGCAUACAGAAAUUAGUUAGUUACAAAAUUGACACGCAGUGUAUUAAUUGACAUUAUUGGCGUCAGACUUACUUACUGAACCCCAUCCUGUUCCUUCUUUAGCCCUUUCGUGUUCGCGGUAACGCUUUCGAACAAUUGUAUUUGCGAUCCAUUCAUUAUCUACUCCGUGGCACCGACUCGUAGUCAUGUUUGCUUAGCAUAAUCAUGCCUUUAUCAACUUUUGUAUAACAAGAGUCACCUAGAUUUGUGUAAGCGUUAGGAAAAAACAAUUUGUUUUAACUUAUUAAUGUUAUUGUUGCAUUAUCAUUGCACUUAGAUUAAUUUAGAUCAUCACAGUGUGGAAGUAUAUUAUUUUCGUUUUAAUAGGCGGCAAUGUGAUAUAAAUAUGAUAAAACUUCGUAGACGCUUGUAAUUAUAAUGUUAUGUAAAUUGUAAUUGUUCAUGUUAUAAUUUUAUAUUUGUUACAAGCCAGUGACAGAGGGAGAAUCAUAUUUUUCGUUAUUUAAAAUACAAUUUUACGAACGAAACUAUUUCACUGUUUUAUAAUGCUUGUAUGCUUGAUUUAUAUUGUCAAAAUAUAUCAGUUCUGUGUGGUUUCUCAAAAUAAUUUUAGUUCUGGGGAUGAUUUAUUCUUAAUUAUUAUCGAGUCUGUUUCGAAUAUUGAAAUUAAACCAAUCUCUCUCAAAAUAAUAUAUAUUAAUUAAGAUGGAUGUCGUUAUAUAUUUGAGGUUCUAAUUGCUUUUUAUAUCUUCGCUAUCGCUGAAUGGUAAACUAUCCGGCUUGUAUUUACUUGUAAUAAAUAAAUUAUCGCACUAUAAUAUUAUAUAUUUAUAUUAUAUAAGUAUAGUAAUAUGAUCGCAGCCUGAAGACUGAAGCUUAAAUUUUAUACAUAUAAAUAGAUAUAUUUAUAUAUGUAUAACUUCAAAUAAUUAUCGACGUGGUUUGUUAAUGACAAUGAUGAAAUAAAAUCUAUAAUUAUUAUUAUUUGCAACAUAAAGUGUUUAUUUUUUGUAAAGGCUUUGAGUCUUAAUAUAAAACCUGUUUUGUGUUUCACUUAGGUUCAAAUAACAACGAGGUAGUUAAGUGAUGCGUUAUUUUUCUCAAAAUAACAAUUUAUGUACUUCAAGUUCAAAAUUGGAGUUUUUUUUGUAAAAGUAGGCUACAACUUAACUGACUCUCCAAAUGAGCCUUUGUAAAUAAUAAUAUAUUUCGUUUGUAAAUUAAUAAAAAUUCUAAUAUAUUCACUUGUGAUUGUUUGACUGCACUAAUUAUAAUAUAAUUUCGUGCACAUACGUGUCGGGUGAUGUAAUCGUGCCAUUUUGUACGUAUAUCGGAAUGGAAUUAGUUGCGUGUAAAGGAACGGAUUACAAAUCAGUAUGUUUGUAAAGAUAUAAUCUCAUAAGUGUUGAUAUUGAUAUGUUGGGUUAGGUUGGAAGUGGGAAAACGUUCUUAUUUGUACCAAUGAAUAUUAAUCUUUGUGUAUUUAAACUCAGACUGACUUUAAUUAUAUAAUAGACUGAAUGAGUGUUGGUAUAAAUGAUUAUAAAUUUUCCUAUUGUGUGUAUACAGUUUAGUAGUCACACUGUUAAUAAAGUCAAACCGUUUUGCUUAAAAGUAUCAACAUGAAUGAAAUAGCGUUAAGACGAACAUUUGUGAUUCUUACUGCAUUUAAGUUGUAGUAGACUGCAAUCUGUAUAAUACCCUUGUACUUGUUUGGAAGGGUAUAAUAUUAAUGGUAUACAGUUAAUGACCUCUUAGAUGUUCCAUCAACUUGAUUUCCUUCGUUUCGGAUGUGACUAGCGAAGCCAAAUUUUGCCUUUAAACUAAAUGUUAAAAGUAAAGUCCCGGCUACUGCAAUGUUGGAAAUAAAUGUGCAAUGAACGUCAUCUAGUAUGUAAGCGCAGUCUUAUGUAUGUGUGAUUCAACUAACACGGACCAAUGUGAAUAAAAAGUUUAAUAAAUUCA